GCAGCCUAACUGCACAGCCGGCUCAAUUCGGACGUCCAAUCACCUUACUUUGCCCAAUUAGGAAGAAUGUCGCAAGGCUAUCUCGGUUUGUUCGCUGCCGACCGCCGACCAGGCCACCAUCAUAUAUCUACAACCUCCAUAUCCUACACCAACGCAAGUGGAAAGGCACAAGAGACCACUAUAAAAGAAAAAUCAACAGCAUGGGAUUCAUUACUCAAUCGCUACUUUGUCUUGCAUUUGGAUUUGCAGCUGCUGCAAAGUCGUCGUCCGGAUACACUUUCACUGCACCGCUUGACGGCGACGUCGUGACCGUCGGACAGUCCUCAGUCAUAUCAUGGAACUCGUCAUCCUCUUCCACCUCUUUGAUUUCGUUCUACCUCGAAAAGUCGGGCGAUGAGGAUACGGUCUUAUAUACGAUUGCUUCCGACAUUGAAAACAGUGGUGCCAUCACUUGGCGUGUUCCCUCGAAUGUUUCAACUGGAGAUGACUAUGUCAUUGCUCUAGUUCCCGAGGAAGACGAGACCGAUAUUUACUACACUGAUGUUUUCUCCGUCUCCAACUCCUCCUCGUCAACUACUUACUAUCCGACCGAGGGUGAGGAAUACGACGCCGGCAGCACUAUGGUCAUCACUUGGAAAGUCGACAGCGAUGUGUCUGAUGUUAGCGUCUAUCUGAUGCAAGGCAAAAGCACUGAUAGCCUGCAAAACAUCUCAACCGUUGCCACCUCGAUCGAAAACACCGGCAGCAUAGGUUAUGUCAUUCCAUCCGGCACUGCGAACGGUGAUGACUACUACUUUGCCAUCGUCUCGUCCGAUGACCCUGAUACCGUUAUCUACUCUGAUGGGUUCUCCAUCAUCAGCGACGUGACCAGCGCAGAGACUUCUGCCGCUGCCGUCUCUGCAGCCUCCGCGUCAUCUGCAUCUGUCGCUGCGGCAAAGACUGCUUCUACUACUCGAUCAAGCGCCUCUGCCGCCAGCUCUUCCGCUCUUUCAACCUCCGCGACCGGCUCAUCAUCUGCCUCCGCCACGUCAUCCGCUGCUUCCACCUCCUCCACUGCCGCUGCUGCCAUGAACUCGGCGUCAUUGUUUGUUCCGAUAAUGGGCCCCUUGUUGAUGCUCCUGAACUACGUCUAAUUUUCCGAUAGAAAUACGCCGCAUGUCAAUUUGUUGGGCUAAUGCAUAUUUUUGACCUCACGUCAGUAAUUCAAAUUAUAUAAUUA